UGACAACAACAACACGGAGAAGACAAGAGAUGUCCAGUGCGUGGCACAAGUCCUACAACGUCAUUUUCAGUGUGUGUGCAAAAAGCACGUGUGUGCACGACGUGAUGAGCGUUGUUGGAAAGGCUCGCACAGAGCUGGCUGCGCAGCUUGAGGCUGAGUUGCGGCAGCUUCCGCCCAAGGCCACAGCCCUGUCGUGUCCGCACGCCACGCCGAUUGAGCAAGGGGACGAUGUUGAGUCGGAAGACCACCACAAGCAGCUGCGAGCCUGCUUGCCCUGCAUCCUCACCGACUAUCCUCUCGCCACAAAGAUGGUGUACCUGCUGCGAUAUGACGACGAUAGCGUUCGCACCUCUGCGCACGAUGCUGCCAGUGGCACGUACAUCAGCGCAGUGCCUCCCAACAAGGAUUUGAUGCGGCCGUGCAUGCUCACAUUCUAUCGCCCCGCGGACGAGACGAUGGCGCCAGCCCUAGCAGAACACGAGGAGGAGGAGGAGGAGCAGCAGCAGCAGCAACAGCAGCAAGAGCAGGAACAGUUGGAAGCGCAACAGCAGGAGCAGCAACAGCAGCAACAGGGGCAGCAGGCGCCUGGCGGCGAACAGAUGCUUUCACAACAACCAGUCCACACACAAUCCAGCCCACUCUUCACGGUGGAGCACUUCCAUCUCGACCAGCCCAACUUGGUCACAGCCCUGCCUCGCGGAUAUGUGCCAGCGCUACAGCGCCUUGCCCAGCAGCACAGCCUGGAGUGUGCACCUGGCGCACAGUGCCAUCUGUGGCUUCACCCGCCCCACACGGCGUUUGGCACUCCGAGAAAGGCUGCUGCUGUCGCUGGCAGCGGCAAGUACACGCUGGGCCGGCUGCGGCAAGAGCAUGCAGACCUCAUCAACCGCAGGUGGACAUAUGGGGGCACACCUGCAUCGCUCCGCUUCAUCCAGCACCUCAUUGACACGUUCCACACGGCUGCUGCCUUUGCCGCCGACGGCACACCCGUGUGCUGGGCGCUGCAGCAGCCGUACGGAGCCAUUGGUAUGGUGCACACGGAGCCUGAGCACCGGCGACAGGGGCUGGCGAGUGCAGUGGCGCUGAUGUUGGCUGAGCAGAUUGAGGCGGGCGGCCAGCUUGCGUAUGCGUACAUCACCGAUGAGAAUGCAUCAUCCCAGGCCAUGUUCACCGCACUUGGCUUCAGACAGACAAGCGCCACAGACUGGUGGCACGUGCGGCCCACGUAAUGCCUGUGUGUGUUGUGUGUGCUGUGUGUGCUGUGUGUGUUGUGUGUGUUGUGUGUGUUGUGUG